CUAGUGUCAAGGAGGCAAAACCUGCCUGCUCCUGUGUGAAGCCAAUCUGUUUGAAACAGUACAUGCACUCCAUGCAGCUGAGGAUCACAGCAUGAGGAGGAUGCAAGUAAUCGUGGGGAUCAAAUGUGUUUAUCCUCUAGUGGUGAAAGUGUAGAGUCCGCGAAGUCCGUGUUUAAUUCAAUCAUACAGGAAUAGGAUGAGCAGCGUCGUUUCUCACUGUAUGCUUGUAUCCAUGGUAGCGGAAUAGUAAGUCUACCUCCGCAUCCCCUCAGUUUGGCUGCCUGUGAGUGCCUGAUAGAGGGAAGAGGGGUGGUCCUGUGCGUUUGGAUCCGCCCUAUGGAUGCAGCGGAGCCAUUUAACAUUGCAAUCUCAGCCAGCUUCACGGCGGGGCGAUUGCACAGGCUGCUCCAUGUAGAUUCAUCAUAGCACCGAGACUAUACUGGCGAGACGAGGCAGCGACUAUAGCCUACUGGAGCGCACACGCAGCGAUGGCAGGGCUGGCUUCUGUUUAUCUUAUGCAGGCUCCGAAUAGCAUGGAUAAGCAACCACGACGAAAAGGAUUUUGAAAACACGUCUAUUGUGAUUUUUACGUCUUUUUAUUUAGCAGUUUAAUGAUGCGUUGUUUUUAUUUGCAUUGAGAUUGCUGCAGUCAGAAUCAUGCUUGCAGCUGAUUCUCAGAUAAAAAGCAUUGUUGUUUGAAGAGGAGAAAGCAUUGUCAGCCUUGUCAUCUGAAUACUUCGAUUGUAAGACAAUUGCAGCUAAAGUGUGAAUUGAACAUUCUUCGCUCUGGGCGUGCGUUACAAUAACGUCGCUAAUUACUGUGAUCAUUCAUCUUUUUCAACUGGAAUUGCAUCUGUUGUUCUCGUCACGCUGUGAACCAGCUCUCGGAAUCCGAGCAUCCUUCCGUCCGAGAGCACCCAAGCCUCUUUGCACCCUGCAGAACCAUCGCAAUAGGGAGGGAACCGCAGAGAACUCGAACUAACUCCACACAGACGAUGUUUUGGAUGUAAAACUAAAUAAAUAAAUAACAUAAAAAUGGGGAAAGACCAGGAAUUGCUUCAAGCAGUGAAGACGGAGGACCUGCUUACGGUGCAGAAGCUCCUGCAGAGGCCCAAGCCCGGGAAAGCAAAAUUGCUGGGCACUGCCAAGAGGGUGAACGUCAAUUUCCAGGACACGGAUGGGUUCUCUCCACUGCACCAUGCGGCUCUCAAUGGGAACAUGGAGCUCAUUUCCAUCCUACUGGAGUCCCAGGCCAUGGUGGAUAUUAGGGAUCAGAAAGGGAUGCGGCCGUUGCACUACGCCGCCUGGCAGGGGAAGUCGGAGCCCAUGAAGAUGCUGCUGAAGUCUGGAUCAUCCGUCAACGGCCAGUCGGACGAGGGCCAGAUCCCCCUGCAUCUGGCUGCGCAGCAUGGCCACUAUGAUGUGUCGGAGAUGUUGCUGCAGCACCAGUCCAACCCCUGCAUCGUGGACAACGCUGGGAAGACGCCGCUGGACUUGGCCUGCGAGUUCGGCCGAGUCGGGGUGGUCCAGCUGCUUCUCAGCAGUAACAUGUGUGCUGCUCUGCUGGAGCCCAAAAAGGGGGACUCAACGGACCCCAACGGCACCAGCCCCCUGCACCUCGCCGCCAAGAAUGGACACAUCGACAUCAUCAGACUGCUGAUCCAGGCUGGCAUCGAUAUCAACAGGCAGACCAAAGCAGGCACAGCCCUCCAUGAGGCUGCCCUGUGUGGAAAGACGGACGUGGUGCGUCUCCUCCUCGACAGUGGCAUCAACGCCUCAGUGAGGAACACGUACAGCCAGACGGCUCUCGACAUCGUGUACCAGUUCACAGCCACCCAGGCCAGCCGCGAGAUCAAACAGAUGCUCCGAGGUGAGGGAGAAGGGAAGAGUGGAGAUGCCUCUGCAGCACUGCAGGUCAGAGCUCUGCAGGACUACUGUAACAACUACGACCUGACCAGCCUCAACAUCAAAGCCGGAGAUGUCAUCACAGUGCUGGAACAACACACCGACGGUCGGUGGAAGGGCUGUAUCCAUGACAACCGAACAGGAAAUGACAGAGUGGGCUAUUUCCCCUCUACCCUGGCGGAGGUUAUCAGCAAGAGAACAGGUUCUGGGAGUACAGUCAUUUGUACCCCACAGUAUCAAAAGAUACAGCUGUGUACGCCGGCGAGCGCCCCGGCAGCCGUGGUCAACGGCGAGUCGUGCCAUCAGUAUCAUAUCCUGCCGCCUCCUCCACCUCCGCCCAACCAUCAUCAAACCCAUCAGCCCCUUUUUACUUCCUUUGGCUAUAGCAGGUCCCAAAGCAUCUCAGGAGAGCUGCCCAGUGGACAAGGUUCUCGCGGCUCGGAGUCCAGCCCUCACGGCUCGCCCACUCCCAGCGGCGGCCAGCAGGGCGGCAGCAGUGAGGAGAUCUGGGUGCUGCGCAAGCCGGCGGCAGGUGGUGACCGCAGUAGUGUGGGCAGCUCGGGCAGUGUGGCCAGUGCCCGCUCCUCUGGCAGUGGCCAGAGCGCCAGUAGCAACAACACAAUCCACGCCCAGGCAGAGGGGGUCAAGCUGCUGGCAACAGUCCUGUCCCAGUCGGCAAAGGCCAAGGAGCACCUGAUGGAACAGUCCAAGUCUCUGGAUCAAUCCACAGGUAGCACUAUGAAAGGCUCCACCUCACGCAGUCAGAGUGUGUCGAGCUGUCCCCUCCAUGAACAGCCAUAUGGGGAGGCGGGGCCUCUGAGGAAAGGGGAGGGGCCACCCGAGCCGAAGAGCUCAGAGGCUGUUAUCCAAUGGCUGAGCGAAUUUCAGCUGCAAGUCUACGCUCCAAACUUCAUCGGCGCGGGCUAUGACAUUGCCACCAUUAGCCGUAUGACCCCAGAGGAUCUCACGGCCAUCGGCGUGACCAAGCCCGGUCACCGCAAGAAGAUGACUUCAGAGAUCAACAAGCUCAGUGUGACUGAGUGGCUCCCUGAGCAAAAACCUGCCAAUCUGGCGGAGUGGCUGUCCAUGAUUGGGUUGACUCAGUACUACCAGGUCCUGAUCCAGAAUGGUUAUGAGAACAUUGACUUCAUCACUGACAUCACGUGGGAGGAUCUGCAGGAGAUUGGUAUUACCAAGCUAGGCCAUCAGAAGAAGCUAAUGCUGGCCGUGAAGAAACUGGCUGAGCUGCAGAAGGCGUUGGAUGGCCGUGGCUCCCCCCGCAAGAAGCACCCUCCCACGCAGGAAGUGAUGUCGAUCGAGAGCCCGCCCCACGACAGCGGGGAGUGCAUGUCACCCAAGAUGAGCACCUUCCAGGACAGCGAGCUGAGCGGGGAGCUGCAGGCGGCCCUCUCCCGUCCCGCAGAUCGCGAGGGCAAGCAGGGGGGGCCCGAGGUCAGGCCCAACAGCGCCCACCCCACAGCAGCCCAGCGCGCCCGCAGCAUCCACGAAAACAGCCUGGGCAAGAGCCGGGAGGCCGAAGAGCCCCCCCACCCUGGGCCCCCCCACCCUGGGCCCCCCAGGAAAGAGGCCCGGACCAUGAGGCAGAGCAGCCAACCUGGGGGACAGAGAGGAAGCGUGUCAUCGGCGCAGGGCAAACAACCCCGGCAGGGGGCAGGCCCCCCCUACACCCCCCCUCAGACUCCGACCAAGACCAAGAGCUCCACCCAGCCACCCACGGGCUCCCCGGCCAAAUCCAAGCCUGGUCCGCACCACCUGUCGCAGGGUGACCGGCCCAUGUCCCCGCGCUCCGUCCCCCAGUCCCCUACGCACAGGGUCGGCAGCCACCCGCCCCCGGCCCACUCAGGGCCUCCUCCCCCCGCGGUGGCUGUCGUCCCUGCGCCAGAGCCCACGGAGGUCACUUCCCCAGCGGCGGCGGCGGCAUCUCCUCUUCAGUCCACUCCGACCGUGGCUGUGCCGCUCCUGUGCCUGCCACCAGAUGGCGACGACGAGCCCGGCGAUCAGGACGAGCAGGGCCUGCCCAAGAAGCGCGCGCACAGCCUGAACCGCUACGCUGUCUCCGACAGCGAGCAGGAGCACAACGAGCUGGGCGUGCCCGCUGGUGGUGGUGGCGGCGGCAACGGUGGCGGCGGCGGAAAGUACGCCACGGUGCAGAACCGCGUGGGCCGCAGCAACUCCAUGCGUGGCCAGGCGGAUAAGAACGUCAACCGCAGCCAGUCCUUCGCCCUGCGGCCCAAGAAGAAGGGACCUCCGCCGCCGCCGCCCAAGCGCUGCAGCUCGGCCAUCUCCAGCUCCAGCACCAACCUCACAGAAGAGCCCAAGGAGCCCGGCAGCAGUGGGCCCCUCCUGGAUGUCAACUACCACCCGCAGCGACGGGCCAGUGACCUGGGGGGCACCGUGGGCACCGUGGACACCGGCAGUGCAGGCAGUGUCCGAAGCAUCGCGGCCAUGCUGGAGAUGUCGUCCAUCGGCGGAGGAGGCAAAGGCCGGGCCCUGCAGAAAGCUCCGCCACACUACCUGCAGGUGUGCAAGCAGCACGAUGCGAUUGGUCUGGAUGGUGAGGUGGUGAACCGCCGCAGGACUAUCAGUGGACCAGUAACCGAUCUGGUGGCAGCAGCCAAGAGCCAGCGGGAGGCCAGCCUGGCACUAGGACCAGGACCAGCGAUGACCUCUGACCCCAGACCAGGCCCAGAGGCUCCGCCGCCGGGCUCCACAGGCAGCUCCGCCGAGAACCUGCCCUUCGCGGAGGACGGCAACCUCACCAUCAAACAGCGGCAGCCGCGGCAGGGCAAGGGCGACGGCGAAGAGGAGCUGCCCGAUCACGUCUACACGCUGCCGCCGGAGGAGUUCUCCCGCAUGGACGCCACCGCCACCCUGAAGCGGCGCGUGCGGAGCUCCAAGCAGCCUGGGAACGGGAACAAGUUCCAUCUGACCGAGUCCAACACGGUGAAGCGCCGGCCCAAGAGCCGAGACAAGGACGCCGAGGACAUGCAGAACGGACAGAUGCCCGUGGCGUACCAGAACGGUACCAGUACCAUCAAGAGGCGACCGAUAUCUGAGUCUGGUGAACCACCGCAGCAGCAGCAGCCAAGACCACAGGAGAGCGCUGAGGGUGCUCCCCCAAGGAGGGAUAGUGCAGACCUGGGUAGUCAAGCUGCCAACACCCCGCGCAAGAUCAAGCCUCCAGUGUCCCCCAAACCAGUCCUUGCCCAGCAUAUGAAGAGACAGGGGGCGGCAGUGCCCGCCUCAAAGAAAGCCCCCUUCCCUGGACCUGGGGGACCAGCGAGUCCAGUCGAGGGAAAGAAAAUACCUCCUCCAGUUUCGCCCAAACCUGCUCCACCCCCGACCGCCCCGAAGCCGAAGAAUGUCCUCCAGUCGAAGAGCACCAGCCCUGUCACACCCACGCCGUCCCCAGCCAAGCAGGCGAUGGCGCCGAAAAUCUCGGGCACCCCUCCCACCCCUGUCCCUGCCUUCCCUGCCCCGACCCCCACCAAACCUCCUAGCCCCCCCGCCCAGAGUCCCCAGACACCCCAGACACCCCAAACCCCCCAGACACCCCAAACCCCUCAGACACCUCAGACCCCCGGCCCGUCCUCCAGCCCCCUCCCCACGCCUCCGCCCGUCAAGCCCCCGCGCUCCUCCAUCAGCGGGGUGUCCAUGGACAGCGCCGCCGGGGCAGUCGCCGCGGCCGCAUCCAGUCCCGGGUCGGCGGGAGCGGCCGGGCCUGAGGCAGUGCACCAGAAGCUGGAGGAGACCAGUGCCUCUCUGGCUGCAGCCCUGCAGGCCGUGGAGGAGAAGAUCAAGGAGGAAGGACAAAAAGACUCGGUUGUGGAGCAGAAGAGCACAGGGAGCAUCCUGGAUGACAUCGGCAGCAUGUUCGACGACCUGGCCGACCAGCUGGACGCCAUGCUGGAGUAGAAAGAGCACAGACGGGCGUCGCCACAGCAACACCUCAGGACCCCAGGAGGGCACAAGGGCACAACAACGAGCGACCAACUCCUACCCCCUUCUCCCCCCACCCAACCCUGCACUCCACCCUCUAAAAUGACCAAAAACUAUGUACACCCUACUUCCCCUUCUCCUGUCCUCCUCACUUUCCUUGUUUCUAGCAUCAUGGGACAAACCCCCCACCCCCCACCCCCCCAUGUCCCCUCUUCUCCUCUCCUCUUGUCCCUGUCGGACGGCACAACUCCCUGAUGAAGUACCUCAGGACUGCAGGGCUGGGUUGGUCGCGGCGCCUCCACAGAGGGAGACUGCACCGUGAAGGAGCAGGGCUGGAGAGCAUCAGAAGAAACAAAAAUAACUGUCCGUCUGUCCAAUUCGUUAAAGUUAUUAUUUUCUUUUUUGUACAAUUCAGAGUCGCUUAAAUAUUUCCAGCUAUUGUGAGAGUUGACUAGCGAAAACAAUACAAAACAAUAAGAAAUAAUGAUACUGAUGUUGAAAAUAAAAAAAAUAAUAUGGUAUGUGUACAUUGUAAGCAUGAGGGAAGUUUAUAUCUAAAAGAAAAUCUCAUAGUGAGAGUCAUGCAUUAGUACAGUAAUAUAUAUAUAAAUAUAUAUAUAUAAAUAUAUAUAAAACAUUUUUACGUUUUUAAUUUAAUGUUAAAUGUUCCAAGUGUUGUCAUGUUUUAAAAAUAUGGACCUUACAUGACAGACAUACAGAGAAAAAAAAAAAAGAAUAUAUAUAUAUAUUUAACCAAACAGGACAAAAAAAGAAUCAAACCCUUGAUGUACUGAGGCGCUGGCUUUGCCGUGCUGAAGAGUGUUGUCUGCUAUGUUGACUGAAGUCAUUGCGGUGGCAGUAUACCCUGCAUCAUGUUCCUCUUGCUUUGGGCCCCCUAUUUUAACUGUGUGCACGGUUCUCAGUCAACGUUCCAGCUGUGCAGAUCCAUGAUUCCUCUGCGUUCUCAAGCACAGGCCCCCUUCAACCUCCCUCUCAACCCCCCCCCCCUUCAGCCCCAAAUCAAUCCCCCCCCGUCCCAAAUCAACCCCCCCCCCAACUUCCCUGUCCUGGCCAGUGUCCUGUGUGCCUUAAAGUGACAGGUGACCUCAGCGCUGCUAACAAGAACACACACCCACACGCACGCACACAUACACUCUCAUGUCCAAUAGAGAGCAAAACACAUAAAUUGGCUCCAUUGGCUAGUGUCUGAUGCAUGAACAGAGCAUGCACCUCGACUCAGACUCACACGUUUACACUCAUCCUCCCCGUGGAAGGGAGAGAGUGACCAUGGAAGUGUGUUGAAGUGCCGUGUAGGGUCGGGAUUGUCAUGGAAAAGCACAAAAAAAAGACGCUCCUUUCCAAAACAGAGGGGUGGGGUUUCUAGGGGUAGAAGUGGACGGUCAGAAGGAGCAACUGCAAGCUGACUUGGAUAUGAUUCGCUGAGAAUGUGUGUGUGGGUUUCAGCUGUUCUGUUUGGUGUACUGAGAUGUGGCAGAGCGAGCGUGGGUCCUUCCUUCCAUUAUGUAUGGGUAUGGUAUAGUUCCCCAUGCUCUGGUUGGCUGUGGUGUGGUGUGGUCCAGUAUGUAUGGAUAUGGUGUAGUUCCCCAUGCUCUGGCUGGCUGUGGUGUGGUGUGGUGCCUCAUCUGUGUUCAUCCCUUGUUUACGUACGUGAUCCUGGAUCUCUGGAGAGUGAGAGGGGCUCAGGUGGCUGGAGUGGCGUCUGGGUGGCAGUGUUCAUUUGAGUGGCUGCUCCUCCUCAAUAUGUCCCACACCACCCCUCCACUGCUCUCUAACUCUCACUCUUUCCUUUUCCUCUCUCUUUCUCUCUCUUACUCACUCUUUCCUCUCUCUCUCUAUAU